GUAUUUUAAAUAAUAAAUUUAAAAGUUGUAUACCCACUUACAGAUUUUUCCAUCAUCCAUCGUCUAACGUCUUAUUAUGAAUCAGGAAACAGGUGUUAAUAUAAUAUUUUGAACUUUCAAUAUAAUUCAGUUUAAUAAUGUAACUUUAUGUAAAUAAUUGGCUGAUGCCGUUUUCGUUUCGGUCCUCCUAGUCCUCUUCUGACUACCGUCCGACUCGGAUAAAAAUCGGUAUCCGACCGACUAAAUAUUUUCACUUCUUACCACUUCUGUCAUGCGACAUCGAAAAUAAUAAUUAUUUAUAACAAUUUACCGUCACACUGUCAUAAUCAAAUAAUAUUUUUGGAUACCGUUGCUUUGGCGUUGGCACUUGAGGAUUGCAGCAAUGACUCAUGACGUCGUAAUAGCCAACAACGUCGAUCACCGCGCUCGAUUAAGCUCGGAAUAGUUGGCAAAAAUGGAUUUCAAACGGAAAAUACGUCAGCGAAAAUCUGUCGUAUGACUUGUCGUGUGUGCGAGCCGCGGCCACGUCGCGCAUCUAACCGGCGCCCUCGACACCACCGGUAGUAGUACUAGUAGGUAGUAUGGCACGCGUCGCURACCGUCCAGCCACCAUCUGACCGACCACCGACGUAACGUGUUCCAUUGCAUCUCCCGYCGAUGUUGGCCGGUGGCUACGACAUGGCGUGGCCACUGUUCGUCCUGCUCAUGUGCGCCAACGCGCUGCUGUGCCGGUGCCUGGACAAGGAGGACGUGAUUUUCGCCGUCAACGCAGGCGGUGACGCGCACGUCGACAGCUAUGGUAUACUGUACCAGAGAGACUUCAACCGGGUCGGCACGGAAUCGGACUACGGCAAGAAGUUGUCCAUACAGCGGGUCAAGCCUCACGACCAGAUCCUCUACCAGACUGAGAGGUAUUCGCAAACCACGUUCGGCUACGACAUACCCGUCAUGCAGGACGGCGACUAUGUGAUGGUGCUCAAGUUCAGCGAGGUGUACUUCACUAACAGUGGCUUAAAGGUGUUUGAUGUCGUUUUGAACGGUCAACAUGUAGUGGUACCGAUGUUAGACAUCUACGACAAAGUUGGAUUUGGUUCUGCUCAUGACGAAUACAUUGAAUUUACGGUAGACGGUACAACAUUAUAUUGGAGAGGAGAGAUAUCUGAAAUCAAAGGAAAUCUUGUUCGAGUGGAUUUUAUAAAAGGCGAAAGAGAUAACCCUAAAGUAAACGCAGUACUUGUAGCCAAAGGCCGAAUUUCAGACAUACCCAGAUUACCAGAUUUAUACUCUGAUAUUGAACCACAAUCACAUGAUGAGGUAGAUAUAGAAGAAGAUCCGUCUGUAAAUGAAAGUAAAGAUCAUGUAAAAAUGGUACAACACACUAGAAAUCCUAGUGGACCUAGAGCACCAGAUCCACAAGAUGUAAAUUCCAUGAAGUUAAUGCCAAUAUUUGGCGCUCUGAUUGCUUUUUUUGGAGCUCUUCUUCUACUUUGUAGAUUAUGAAGAGUUAUAUAAUAAAUAUAUAUUUGUACUAUUCAUUCUUUCCUUUAUAUAUUUAUAUAUAUUACAAAACUACA